UAGAAAGGAACUCUACUCUAAUACCUUAAAACCAAGGCCCAGCAACAGAACAAAGGAUUCUUCUGAAACUACCAUAAAGAUGCCAAGUUGUCUAGUUAAGAGUUUCAUCACUUAGCCUUUCUGGCAGUGACAACCUGCCCACAAGAACAUGCCCCUAGCGAAGGACCUCCUGCACCCAUCCCUGGAAGAGGAGGAGAGGAAACACAAGAAGAAGCGCCUGAUACAGAGCCCCAACUCCUACUUCAUGGACGUGAAGUGCCCGGGGUGCUACAAAAUCACCACCGUGUUCAGCCAUGUACAGACGGUGGUGCUGUGUGUGGGCUGCUCCACCAUCCUGUGCCAGCUGACAGGAGGAAAAGCAAGGCUCACGGAAGGAUGCUCCUUCAGACGGAAGCAGCACUAAGUGCACCCUGAGUCAACGUGAGUGGGGAACUAUCCCAAUAAACAGAUUUUUGCAUACGUUCAA